AUGAGUUUUGGCAGCAACAAAAGUGCCUCCCAUUGCCCAGUGACAUACAGCUCUACAAAUAUUAAGGAGCAGGGCUCCCAACCCUUGUCUCAGGAAACAGUCAAGGAGCUGAUCAAACAGUCUCAGGAAGCAAAGAAGCAUGCCUACUGUCGGUACAGCAAAUUCAGAGUGGGAGCCGCUCUCCUGACCAAUGAAAACCGGGUGUUUACAGGUUGCAAUGUGGAGAAUGCAUGCUACAACCUGGGUAUAUGUGCUGAAAGGACUGCAAUCGCAAAGGCAGUAUCAGAAGGUUACAUAACUUUCAAGGCCAUUGCAAUUGCCAGUGACGUGAGUGAGAAGUUCAUCACCCCGUGCGGUGGCUGCAGGCAGUUCAUGAGAGAGUUUGGGUCAGAUUGGGAUGUGUACCUUUCAAAGCCUGAUGGCUCAUGUCUGAAGAUGACUGUGGAUGAGCUGCUGCCCGUCUCCUUCGGCCCUGAAGACCUGUACAUGGAAAAGGUGUUUGACAUUGACAACAAGUACUGAGCCUGUGUUCUAGUAUAAAAUGCUCACGUGUUGGUUUUUAUUGCACCAUGACAUGCACUGUUUAAUGCACAUGCAUAUCUGUCACAUAUUUAAUUCACACUCU